AUGUGCUUCUCCCUCGCCAUGGGAUCGUUUUCCACGAACAUCACUCAUCUCGUGCUAUCACAAGGCAUCGGCUUCGGAGUCGGUGGCUGUAUAGCCUACAGCCCUUCGAUAUUAUUCAUGCCCGAGUGGUUCGACAAAAAGAGGGGACUAGCGUUUGGCAUCGUCUGGGCUGGAUCAGGAUUAUCCGGAAUUCUUUUCCCGAUUGUACUUGAGAACCUUCUCCGACGAUUUGGAUUUCGGAUGACGCUCAGAAUACUUUCGGCUUUACUCUUCGUCCUGCCUCUUCCAUUCCUGUACUUUCACAAGUCCCGAGUCCCAGUCUCAAGUGGAGUAGCUCAACGCCGGUUGAAUACUCGAUUCCUCUUCAACCGAGUCUUUGUCAUCUACCAGCUGGUAAAUAUUUUCGAGGCACUGGGGUUUUUCUUACCUGGUAUCUAUCUUCCCACUUUCGCCCAUAGUCUUGGGGUCUCCAAUUUCUUGGCUUCGCUCACGGUGACGGUCUUGAAUGUGGCAUCCAUCUUCGGCAGCAUUUCGAUGGGUUUCUUGUCGGAUCGCUACCAUGCACUGACGUGUAUCUCAAUUUCGACCGUUGGGACUGUUCUUUCAGUCUUUUUGCUAUGGGGAUUCUCCUCCCAUAUUGCGAUCUUGCUGGUCUUCUGCUUCGCGUACGGGAUUUUCGCGGGUAGUUUCUCGGCGAUCUGGUCGGCGAUAAUACGAGAGGUGCAACAGGCGGAUUCGGCCUCUGAUGCCACCAUCAUCUUCUCAGCAAUUGCAUUCGGACGAGGAGUCGGCAAUGUUGUCAGCGGUCCGUUUAGUGAGAUGCUGCUUCGGGUCGAUAACUGGCAUGGUCAUGCGCAGGGGUCAUAUGGCAGUGGUUAUGGACUGAUCAUUCUGUGUACCGGACUGACCUCUUUCAUGGGAGUAUUAUGCUGGGUUGGACGUGCCUUCAAAUGUGUAUAA